CUAUUGUGCCAUCGAUAUUAUCGAUAUCACUAACUGUCAUCGAUGGAUUGACGCAGCAGGCGAGACGAAACGUUAAUUGUCAACUGUUCCCUCUGGCUGCUUACACACAUAAAUACACAUCGCACGGAAGAAAAACAAAAAAGAGAAGGAUGAGCAGCCAGGGACACCAUAAGAUGUCCGGCGGCGGCAAGAAGGGCGCCAUGGAGCAGGACUACACCGACGUGGUCGAUCUGGGCGAUCGCUUCUCAGCGGACAUGGCGCGCCUCUGCAUGAACGAACAGUACGCGGACGUGGAGUUCAUCGUCGAGGAGGAGCGCAUACCCGCCCACCGCGUCAUACUCGCGGCACGCAGCGAAUACUUCCGGGCGCUGCUGUACGGCGGCAUGGCGGAGACCACACAGCGCCAAAUACCGCUUGAGGUGCCGCUGGAAGCGUUCAAGGUGCUGCUGCGCUACAUUUACUCGGGCACACUGCUGCUGUCCACAUUGGACGAGGAUUCCACCAUCGAUGUGCUGGGCAUGGCCAAUCAGUAUGGUUUCCAGGAUCUGGAGAUGGCCAUAUCGAAUUAUUUACGCCAGUAUCUGGCCUUGGACAAUGUCUGCAUGAUUCUUGAUGCGGCGCGUCUAUACAAUCUAGAGGAACUCACCGAGGUUUGCCUAAUGUUCAUGGAUCGCAAUGCCGGCGACCUGCUGCUGCACAACAGCUUCAAUACGCUAUCCAAGGAAUCGCUGGAGGAGGUACUACGGCGUGACUGCUUCUUCGCCCCCGAGGUGCAGAUCUUUUUGGCCGUGUGGAAGUGGAGCCGCUUCAAUAGCAACGUGGACUUCAAGUCCGUGGUUAGUUAUGUCCGCCUGCCACUGAUGAACCUCGAGCAUCUGCUGCAGGUGGUGCGUCCCUCGGGCAUCCUGGAUCCCGACAAGAUUCUCGACGCCAUCGACGAGCGCAGCACUUCAAAGGCGCUGCCCUACAGGGCGGCGCUCUGGCCGGAGGAAAACGUGGCCGCGGAGACGUUUUUGUCGCGCUGCAUCCAGGGAGAGUGUCGCGACGCGCUGCUGGAUGGAGAUGUGACCACCUAUGACAUGGAGAACGGGUAUACGCGCCACUGCAUUACGGACAGCAAAGAUGCGGGCAUUGUGGUCGAAUUGGGCACGUUCUGCAUGAUCAAUCACAUUCGCAUGCUGCUCUGGGACAGAGACAGCCGGGCGUACUCCUACUACGUUGAGGUGUCCGGCGACCAGCAGCAUUGGGAUCGCGUGGUCGACUACAGCGACUACCACUGCCGCUCCUGGCAAUACUUAUACUUCGAAGCACGACCCGUCAGAUUCAUUCGACUGGUGGGCACCCAGAACACUGUAAACCGGGUAUUCCAUGUUGUGGGUCUGGAAGCCAUGCACACGGCCAAGGUGCCGCGUUUAGUUAACCAUUUUGUGGCGCCCAAGACGAACGUGGCCACCGUAGAGAUGAGCGCCAUUGUGACGGACGGCGUGAGUCGCACCCGCAACGCGCUUAUCAACGGCGAUUAUGUGCGCUACGACUGGGACUCGGGAUAUACUUGCCACCAAUUGGGCAGCGGCGAGAUCGUCGUCCGUUUGGGCCAACCCUACUAUUUGGGCUCAAUGAGGCUGUUGCUGUGGGACUGCGAUGAUCGCACCUACAGCUUCUACAUCGAAAUUUCGACGAACCGCAAGGAAUGGCAAAUGGUCGUGGACCGCCGCAACGACAGGACCCGCUCCUGGCAGAACUUUCACUUUACUCCGCGUCCAGUGGUCUAUAUCCGCAUUGUGGGCACACGCAACACAGCGAAUGAGAUCUUCCACUGCGUCCACCUCGAAUGUCCGACCCAGGACAAAAACUACUUAAAGAAGAUAGCCGACAUGGAGAAGGAGCGCGAGAAGAGGGAGAAGGAGAAGAAGACGGCCAAGACUGACGAUGACAAUAUUGCCUCUACCUCGGGAUCCUCGUUGGCUUCAGGCCAUGCUGAAAGUCCCUCCACUUCCUCCAGCAGCAGCCAAAGCGUUUUAAGGUCCAUCCACUGGCCGCCACAGACAAGGGAAGUGGCCGUUGCCCCACUCACUCCGCCAGCACUCUCCCCGCCCGGCACGCCAGCACUUCCGGCUCCUCUGACCCCGGCAACCUCGUCGCCGCAUAACAACCAUGAACAAAAUCAGCCAAGUAAUAUCAGUGCAGACGCAAGCCACCACACCAGUCCAAGUUCAAGGAGCAACCCCAGUCCCAGCCUAAGUAGGAGCAGAAGCCAGAGUGCGGAGUUGGAGCCAGUGCCGCCAUUGGUUGAGCUUGACACCAGGGAGACGCUCUGAGCUGAUCGCCGCUGCGGCCGAUAAUGUUUUGUACUUGAAAUACUCCUGUGGUCUGUUAGCUGUUAGUCUCCGCGCUUAGUUAUAUUUUGCAGACCGUGCUGCUCUUGUUAUCUAGUCCUUCCCAGUGCCCCAAUGCUUGGUGGUUCCAAAACCUGUGCAUUGCAUAUUGGUUUUGCGUUAUUACCUUCGUUAUAUACUAUAUGUAUAUACAUAUAUAUAUAUAUAGAUAUAUGUUUUUAUAAUUUUAUUGUGAUCCAAAAAUAAUUCCUUAUGUUUGCAAGGCAGCAGAGUUAUUUAUAUAAGCAAUAUAACUGAAUUCUAUGCACACACACACCCACCCACACACACACCACACACACACACCACACACACACACACAUGUUUAACGCGAACUCGAAUGCGAUUUCCGAGCAGCUGAACCAAAAUUGUAUACGAUAUCCGAUCGCAUAGUAUAAAUCUGUACUGUCUAGCCUUAUGUCCGGUCCAUGUCCUUGUCCAAAUCAAUCCAUUUGAUCCGCAACUCGUAGUCUUUAGGCUCAUCGAGCGGCCCAAAAAUUAGGCUCUAUUUAUUAGGCAAAUUUUGUCAUAGUUUGUAUUGCACGCAAAUAAAAGCUAACCAAAAAAAUGAAAACACCGCUUAUUGUUUCACUUGCAAACCAAUCGGUUUCUUAUAAAAUUUUUAAAGUCCCUCACACAUUUCAACCACGAAUUGUGCCGUGUGUGACCACUGUGCACCACACAUGCCACCCACUGUUGCCCCAACAUCCACAACACGCUCCACUGUUUUGAAAUUCCGAUCAGAGGCGACCCACGGCCGUGCUGCAGCGGCAGCCAUAAAAGUCGAAUCAGAACGUUAAACCAGUUGCGACGCACAGUGGGCGUUGGGAAGAGAGAGAGGGACGCCGAUCCAGCGAGCGAAUCAGAAAGAGAUGGCGAAAUGCAGUGCUAGCCAAACGGGAAUUUGUGGGUUCUUGAAGAAAACUAAAAAAAAAAGAAAAUAUUACUCAUACGCCGCGUUGUCUACAUGAUUUAAUAAUAUAUAUUGCAUAUUUUGUACGGAUGGUUUUAAUAAAAUGUAAAUG